GGAACAGGAAGAGAAAUGGCUCUGGGCAUUGUCCAAGAUAUAACAGUUGGUACAAAGCGGGGAUCUGACGAGCUUUUCUCUACUUGUGUUACUAACGGACCCUUUAUCAUGAGCAGCAACUCUUCUUCUGCAGCUAAUGGAAACGACAGCAAAAAAUUCAAAGGCGAUAGUAGAAGUGCUGGGGUCCCAUCCCGAGUGAUCCACGUCCGUAAACUCCCCAGCGACGUCACGGAGGCAGAGGUCAUUUCUUUGGGCUUACCUUUCGGCAAGGUCACCAAUCUUCUAAUGUUGAAAGGCAAAAAUCAGGCUUUCAUAGAAAUGAAUACAGAGGAGGCAGCCAACACCAUGGUCAACUACUACACCACAGUCACUCCAGUUCUCCGAAGCCAGCCCAUCUAUAUCCAGUUCUCCAACCACAAGGAGCUCAAGACGGACAACUCUCCAAACCAAGCACGUGCCCAAGCAGCUCUGCAAGCGGUGAACUCCGUUCAGUCUGGAAACCUAGCGCUGUCAGCCUCUGCUGCAGCAGUGGAUGCAGGAAUGGCGAUAGCUGGCCAGAGCCCUGUCCUGAGGAUCAUUGUUGAGAAUCUCUUCUACCCUGUCACUCUAGAUGUUCUGCAUCAGAUUUUUUCCAAAUUUGGUACAGUCUUGAAGAUAAUUACGUUCACAAAGAACAACCAGUUUCAGGCGCUGUUACAAUAUGCUGACCCAGUGAGCGCUCAGCAUGCCAAACUGUCUUUAGAUGGACAGAAUAUCUACAAUGCCUGUUGCACACUGCGCAUAGAUUUCUCAAAGCUCACAAGUCUCAAUGUAAAAUACAAUAAUGAUAAGAGCAGAGAUUAUACGCGACCAGACCUACCUUCCGGGGAUAACCAGCCCUCCCUCGAUCAGACCAUGGCAGCUGCUUUUGGUGCCCCAGGAAUAAUUUCCGCUUCUCCAUAUGCGGGAGCUGGCUUUCCUCCUACCUUUGCAAUUCCUCAGGCUGCAGGCCUGACAGUUCCAAAUGUUCAUGGAGCACUAGCUCCUUUGGCUAUCCCAUCAGCAGCAGCUGCAGCGGCUGCAGCAGGACGGAUUGCCAUUCCCGGCCUCGCUGGGGCAGGGAACUCUGUUCUGCUGGUUAGCAAUCUGAAUCCUGAGAGAGUUACACCCCAAUGCCUCUUUAUUCUUUUCGGAGUCUAUGGUGAUGUGCAGAGGGUGAAGAUUUUAUUUAAUAAGAAAGAGAAUGCCCUAGUGCAGAUGGCUGAUGGAAACCAGGCCCAGCUUGCCAUGAGCCAUUUGAAUGGUCAGAAGCUUCACGGGAAGCCAAUCCGUAUCACGCUGUCCAAGCACCAGACUGUACAGCUCCCUCGCGAGGGACAGGAAGACCAAGGUCUGACCAAGGACUAUGGGAAUUCUCCUCUACAUCGUUUCAAGAAACCAGGCUCCAAAAAUUUCCAGAACAUCUUUCCCCCUUCUGCCACUCUUCAUCUGUCCAAUAUUCCACCUUCAAUAACUGAAGAAGACCUUAAGAUGUUGUUUUCAAGCAAUGGUGGGAUGGUCAAAGGAUUCAAAUUCUUCCAGAAGGACCGCAAAAUGGCUCUGAUCCAGAUGGGCUCUGUGGAAGAAGCCAUUCAAUCGCUCAUUGACCUCCAUAACCAUGACCUGGGUGAGAACCAUCACCUGCGUGUGUCCUUCUCCAAGUCCACCAUUUAAAGCUUUGGAAGGCGGGAGACAAAAUGGACUUGACUUAAAACCUCUGGGGUUCAGCCUUGACCUUAAAAGGCUGAACGCUAGGGUUUCAACUUCCAUCAUUCCAGAAAAAAAGCCACUUUAAAAAUGCAGCUGAAGUGACCUUAAAAGACCAGAGAUUUUAUUUUUUUAAAGAGAAAUCAGUUUACCGGUUUUUAAAAAAAAAAAAAAUUAAAUCUAAUUCAUAUUGCUAACCUUGCGGUGAUGGGUAACAAUCUUGACUGUUCAAAUAAAAAUCACAAGUUGAAGUUUACACUUCGGAACCUGCUCUGGGAAAUUCCCCUCCCUUCCUGCUCCUUCUCCCCCAAAAAGCAGAUCCUAACACGUUUAUCAGGUUUCACAUUGAUGCCUUUUUUAUUUUCUUUACCCAUCCAUGCCUUGAAAGACCUAAAACCACUGUGUGAAUUCACUUUAGCGCCUUUGAGUCAGGAUUUUGCAAAACGCGUGGUGUACAGGAGCUCCCAACUCGCCCAGCACAAAAAUAAGUUGCAUUGAUCCUACCUUAACUGUGCAUCUGCUGUCCUGUGCCUUAAACCUUUUACUUCUUUGGGGAAAACAUCUGAACCGUAGGGAGUGGAUUGGGAGAGCUGAGGGGAAUACCUGAGCUCUGGCUUACUGGAUCAGCUUGUAGUGAAGGACGAGUGAAGCUGGCAAAGUGGAUAAAGAAAAUAUUGGGCUCUGACUCUUGAGGCAGUCGUAUCUGCUGCCUGUGAAAUGUCUCAAUCUGCGUAGUAUCAUGUGUCUCCGUGCCACUUCCCAAUCUGCUCGUGGUUUAUCGCCAUCUGCAAACCUUCAAGUGGGAGUUGUUAAAGAUCCUUUGUCCGUAACGUUCAGACCAAGCAGAAAGGUCUGGGUGGGGAAGCGUUCCCGAGACCAAAUUUCCAUUCCAUUCCAAUAGCGCAAGCCAACAGGCUCUGCCCUUCACAAGAGUGUUGAUCACAAUACAGAAUUAACCACUGUUGGACACUUGUGAAGACGAAUCAUUCAGCUUGUCAAAAUCGUGUGUGUAUAUAUAUAUAUCUAAAUACUUGGCUAGGAGUUGAACAAUUAUUGGGUACCCCACACGUAGGAAGGUGUUCCCGGGAGUCACCUUCGUGCCCCUGAUUGGAGAUUACCAAGACCGAUGUAGCUCUGCCAUCAUUCUUAUAGCGUGUCUUCAGCAUUUGAGCUUUUUGUUUUAAUUCUUGUAUUAUACUUUCUGAUGCCGUUGCUGUCAUCUGUGCCUAGCAAUAUUUCCAGUUGACCAAAUAUUCUAAUCUCUUUAUAUGCAAAA